AUGAGUACUCCAAUAAAAAAUAUGUCAAAACUACUUACCCCUAGAAUAUUGUCUCCAAUAUCCCCGAAUUUUUUAAGUGUUUUUAAUAGAGAAGUUAUAAAUAAAUAUGAAAGAAAACACAGUGUUGCAAAAAGAAUAGAUUUUUCAAAAUCACCUCAAAGGAAUAAUGCAUCUGUAGAAAUUAAAAUAGCAAGUAUUAGUGAUGAUCUAAAAAAGGAUUUACAAAAGUAUGAUGUUUUGAUAAAUACGCCAAAUAAACAAAAAAUAAUCAAAAACGGUAUUGAGGAUGAAAAAUUUUUUAAUGUUUUAGGCAGGGGCGGAUUUGGUAGAGUAUUUAAAGCUAAACAUAAAGGUACUACAGUAGCAAUGAAAUUAGUUAGGAAAACAAAUUAUAUUGGAGAAAAAAACGUGCUCACGCUGAAUCAUAAAAACAUAGUAACCGUGUUAGAAAUAGUUGAAAAUGAGAAAGAAAAUUUUUGUCUUAUACUCAUGGAGUACCUAGAAAACUGUAAUACGCUUCAAAAAAUGUAUACUAACCCGGAAAUAGAUUUUUCGAAAUUAUUAAAAUACGCCGUUGAUAUAUGCGAAGGGUUAAAAUAUUGCCAUUCAAAUAAAGUUUUACAUUUGGACCUUAAACCCAGUAAUAUUUUAAUUAUAAAUGGGAAUUGUAAAAUUUGCGAUUUUGGAAAUUCUGUUAAAAAUGUUGAAUGCGUGGACCAUUUUCAACAUCAUGGAACUAUUCAUUAUACUGCACCUGAAAUUUUGUUAGGUAAAAAACCAAAUGAAAAAAGCGAUAUUUACUCAUUAGGAAUUAUAUUUUGGCAGUUAAAAACAAGAAAAACGCCUUAUGUCGAAAUCGAUAAUAUCGAAUGCGUUAUCUACAAGGUUGUAAAAUGUAAUUUACGUCCCGAAUCAGAAAAACCUUUUGAUGAAUUUUCUCAUCUUUACCAACAAUGUUGGAAUCAAAAUCAGUUUGAAAGGCCAAAUGUGUCAGACAUAUUAGAAAAACUGUCUACAGUUAAUUGUUAA